AGGAAACAAAAAUUGAAAUCGUUUUUCCCUAGCAGCCUGAGCUUGAUCUCCUUAGUAAUGGCGACUGUGAAAACCGUCAAGGAUGUCUCUCCGCACAAGUUCGUCAAAUCCUACGCCUCCCACAUCAAGCGCUUGGGGAAGUCAUCUCAAGUGAAUGCGUGUUUUUUGAAAAAGGGUAUGUAUUUUGAGGUGGGACUUGUGAAAAGUCUUAAUUUUUGGGGCGUCCCGAGUGAAGAAGAUUUAUUGUUUGUGUUAUUGACUGAUUUGGUAAAAACUGAUGUCCUCAAAGAGCUUGCGCCAUAUGAUCCUGAUUGGUACUACAUAAGGGCUGCUUCCAUGGCUCGAAAGAUCUAA